AUGGCGCUGGAGUCGCUGUGUUUUCUCCGUCAGUGGCUUCGUGAGGAGCACAGGUCCAGAAAACUCAUCCUGUUCAUCGUGUUCGUGGCUCUGCUCCUCGACAACAUGCUGAUGACCGUCGUGGUUCCGAUUAUUCCAAACUACUUGUACCAGUUGGACAAACCCGAGUCUCCUGCUCAGAACUUCAGCUCGUCCGACUCCUUCAAGAACAUCGUGUCUCUGUACGACAACUCCGUCAAGAUCUCCUCCACCGCCGCCGCCGACCCCGGCCCCGGUCCAGACCCCAGCCCCGGUCCCGGUCCAGACCCGGUCCGGUCCAACGCGUCGGACUGUCCCUCGUCCAAGUCCAGCCUGGUCAAUGAGAACGUCAAAGUGGGGCUCCUGUUCGCCUCCAAAGCCACGGUGCAGCUCAUCACCAACCCCUUCAUCGGACCCCUGACCAACAGGAUCGGGUACCAGAUCCCCAUCUUCGCCGGGUUCUGCAUCAUGUUCCUCUCCACCAUCAUGUUUGCGUUUUCCUCCAGUUACGCUCUGCUCUUCGUCGCUCGCUCGCUCCAGGGAGUCGGCUCCUCCUGCUCCUCAGUCGCAGGGAUGGGGAUGUUGGCGAGUGUGUACACGGACGACGAGGAGCGAGGUCACGCCAUCGGGAUCGCGCUGGGAGGACUGGCCAUGGGCGUCCUCGUUGGUCCUCCGUUCGGGAGUGUGUUGUACGAGUUCGUUGGGAAAACGGCUCCGUUCCUGAUCUUGGCUUUCAUCGCUCUGUUUGAUGGAGCCCUGCAGCUGUUCGUCCUGCAGCCGACCAAGGUGGAGCCGGAGAGUCAGAAGGGCACUCCUCUGCUCACACUGAUGAGGGACCCGUACAUCAUCAUCGCUGCAGGGGCGAUCUGCUUUGGGAACAUGGGCAUAGCGAUGUUGGAGCCGACUUUGCCGAUCUGGAUGAUGGAGACGAUGUGCGCGGCCAAAUGGCAACUGGGUGUCGCGUUCCUUCCGGCCUCCAUCUCUUACCUCAUCGGAACAAACAUCUUUGGAACUUUGGCUCAUCGACUAAACAGGAGACUCUGCAUUAGAACAGUGUUAAAGCUCCACUGCGGGACAUUUCUCACGGAUCGUUGUCCUGGUGUUCUGCAGGUGCCUUUCGCCAGGAACAUUUACGGUCUGAUCCUGCCGAACUUCGGCGUGGGAUUCGCCAUCGGGAUGGUGGACUCGUCGAUGAUGCCGAUCAUGGGCUACCUGGUCGACCUGAGGCACGUGUCGGUUUACGGGAGCGUUUACGCCAUCGCAGACGUGGCCUUCUGCAUGGGCUUCGCUCUGGGUCCGUCCAUCGGUGGUUCUAUCGCUCAGAGCAUCGGUUUUCCGUGGCUCAUGACGAUCAUCGGUCUGGUGGACAUCGUCUUCGCUCCUCUGUGUCUGUUCCUGCGCAGUCCCCCCGGCAACGAGGAGAAGAUCGCGAUUCUGAUGGAGUCAAACUGCAACAUGAAGACCCGGACGUACUCGACUCAGGACCCGUACCAGAGCCACGACCCGGACCUGGAUCUGGACCAGGACUACGACGAGGACUACGAUUAA